UUACCUAGUUACCGUCGUUGCUUGUUAGUACCAUGGCAACAAUGCUUUAGAUCGACCAGAAAAAGAGUGGUUGCUGUUAUCUUGGCAAGAGUAUUAUUGUAUGAAGAAGUGUCGUUGUCACCAGGUUAAAAUGUUUAAUAUACCUGUUAAAAUGUGAAAUUAUAAACAGAUAGAAAAAGGUACUUUAAUAAAAUGAUUAUUGUUAAUCAUCAGUUCUUCAAGAAGUGUACAAAGAAUGGAGCAAAAUGAUUCUUAUGUAUAAUACAAGAAAGUUUUUGUGAAAUUGCCUAAUAAGAAAAUAAAAUGACUUUAAAAGGUCUAUAAAAGUGGCACACAGUGUCACAUUUAGGCAUGGUGAUAGAACUUUUUUGGCGUCGUCGUCAAGUGCUGAGUACUGGUAUAUUCAGAUGUCAUGUAAACCAACCAACAAUCAGACGUUGGUUGUUGAUUGCUCUGAGUUUAACUGUUUUUUCUUUACUUGUAUUUUCAUAUUAUCUUUCCAAUUUUCAUUUUCAUAGUUUUAUUCAUGUACCAAGACAGCCAAUAUUUCAUUGCCGCUCUCAGUCUGAACAUUUAUACGGACAGACACAUCCAUCUUUAGUUAAUGCUCAUGUUUCUAGUGCACAAUUACGGCUUGAUUCAAAAGUUUUAGUAUUUGUUGAAACACAAUAUUCUCAUUUGGGAAGACAAAUUUGUGAGAUAUUGGAAGCAAGCCGCAUUAAAUUUAAAAUUGAAAUUGCUGGGAAAAGCCUUCCAUUGCUAACUAAUCUUGAUAAAGGAAAAUUUGCAGUUAUUGUUUUUGAAAAUCUUGAAAAAUAUCUUGGUAUGAACAAAUGGAACAAAGAAUUAUUAGAUAAAUAUUGUAGAGAAUAUAAUGUUGGUGUUAUUGGUUUUAUUCGUCCAAAUGAAGAUAGCAUGGUUGGAGCUCAGUUAAAAGGGUUUCCUUUGUAUAUUCACACUAAUCUUGCCAUUAGAGAAUACGAAUUAAAUCCUCAUUCUGAAGUCCUUCGUCUUACGCGUGCUGGUGAAAUAUAUACAGGAGUUUUGCCAGGUGAAGAUUGGACCAUAUUUCAAACAAAUCACUCUACUUAUGAGCCCUUGGCUAUUGCAAGAUCACAAUCAUUUAAUUCUAUUGCUGAUGGUUUAAAUUCUGCACUUAUUACAGUGAUUCAGGAUCAUGGACAGUAUGAUGGAAUUCAAAGAAUUUUGUUUGGCUAUGAUUUUAAAUUUUGGCUACACAAAAUUCUUUUUUUGGAUUCAGUUUCUUAUUUAUCUCAUGGAAAAUUGAGUUUGCCUCUACAGCGCUUUCUUCUUAUUGACAUUGAUGAUAUAUUUGUUGGUGAGAAAAGUACCAGAAUGAAACCUGCAGAUGUUCAGGCACUGCUAGAUGCUCAAGAAAGAUUUCAGCUUAUUAUUCCAGGAUUUCGUUUUAAUUUAGGUUUUUCAGGAAAAUUUUAUCACAAAGGAACUGAUGAAGAAAAUAGAGGGGAUGAUAUGCUUUUAGAAAAUGCUGAGAAAUUUUGGUGGUUUUGUCAUAUGUGGAGUCAUAGUCAACCACAUUUAUUUGAUAAUAUUACUUCUUUGGAAGUUGAAAUGAGACUUAACAGAGAUUUUGCCAAGAAGCAUGGAAUUCCAAUGGAUUCAGGUUAUUCAAUAGCACCGCAUCAUUCAGGAGUGUAUCCAGUUCAUGGUCAAUUAUAUGAUGCUUGGAAAAGGAUUUGGAAUGUGAAAGUUACAAGUACAGAAGAAUAUCCACAUUUAAGGCCUGCAAGAUUAAGAAGAGGAUUUAUUCAUAGAAAUAUUAUGGUUUUGCCACGACAAACUUGUGGUCUUUAUACACACACAAUAUUUAUGGAUAAAUAUCCAGGUGGGUCAGAGAAACUGGAAACUAGUAUUCAAGGCGGUGAAUUGUUUUAUUUGUUUGUAUAUAACCCUUUUAACAUAUUUAUGACACAUUUGUCUAAUUAUGGAAAUGAUAGACUUGCAUUGUAUACCUUUGAAUCAGUUAUCAAAUUUGUUCGUUGUUGGACUAAUUUACAAUUGGCCACAGUACCUCCUCUCCAUCUUGCUGAAAAAUAUUUUCAAAUGUUUCCAGAAGAAACAGAUCCAAUUUGGAUGAAUCCUUGCAAUGAUAAAAGACAUCAAGCUAUUUGGUCUGUAAGCAAAUCAUGUGAACAGCUACCAAAAUUUUUAGUAAUUGGUCCUCAAAAAACUGGAACAACAGCAUUAUAUACUUUUCUUUCAAUGCAUCCUGCCAUUGUUAGUAAUUAUCCAAGUCCUGAAACUUUUGAAGAGGUCCAGUUUUUUAAUGGCAGAAAUUAUUAUAAAGGAUUAGAUUGGUAUAUGAAUUUCUUCCCAGUUCCUAAAAAUUCCACAGAUAAAUAUUUAUUUGAAAAAAGUGCCACAUAUUUUGAUGGUGAACUUGUACCAAUGAGAGCUUAUGCUCUGUUACCUUAUGCCAAACUGGUAACAAUUUUAAUAAGUCCUAUUAAAAGAGCUUAUUCCUGGUAUCAGCACAUGAGAGCUCACAGGGACAUUACUUCUCUGAACUAUAGCUUUUAUGAAGUUGUCACUGCUGGCGAUCAUUCCUCUAGAAUGUUACGUGAAUUAAGAAAUCGAUGUCUUAGUCCUGGAAUGUAUGCCCAGCAUUUAGAACGUUGGUUAAAUUACUAUCCACCUGUACAGCUGAUGAUAAUAGACGGUGAAGAACUGAAAGCUGAUCCAAUUUCUGUUUUAAAUAAUCUUCAACAUUUUCUUAAAAUUAAGCCAUUCUAUGAUUACAGUGAGCAUUUGAGGUAUGAUCCAAGGAAAGGUUUCUUCUGUCAGGUGACUCAUCGCAACAGCACAAAAUGUCUGGGCCGCAGCAAAGGAAGACAAUAUCCUCCAAUGGACCCAAGAGCCGAGAAGUUCCUAAAAGCAUUCUAUCUGUCACACAACGUUGCUCUCUCGAAAUUAUUAAAUAGACUUCGUCAACCAAUUCCCGCCUGGCUGGAAGAUGAUUUAUCACACAGAUGAAAAAUAAUAAUAUAAAAUGCAAUGUAUAUACAAAUGCCCUUCGGAUGGUUUGGCCACAAGUUAUUUUGGGAAAACUUUUUAAGUUUAAGUUUGUCUUAAAUGAACAGUGAGGAUUCAUAAAUAGAUGUAUUGUAUAUUGAAAUUAUGUAUAUUCGGAGAGUACUCAUAUUACAUAUAAAUUUAUAUAUAUAUAUAUAUAUCUCUGAAGAAAAUUGCCAGUAUUUUGAUCACAUAAUUAGUAUACAGAUAUUUAUUACUUCAUUGGCAGCUCAAAAUUAUCAUAAGAGUGCAUCAAAUUUCAUUUAUGAUUGAUUUAAAAUAUAUUAAAAAGGAUAUAAUUUUUCCAUUUCUCUCGUUAUUUUAUUAAAAAAAAGGAAUUAUUGUUAAUUUUUUUUUACUUGAAUCAGUUCAUUUGAUCAUUAUCACAUCACUGCAUAGUCAUUAUAAAGGACCAAUGUCAAUAAAUUUAAAAAAAAUCAAAGCUUUUAUAUAGAAAAUUAUAUUUUACAAAUUAGAUCUGUCGUCUAUUUAAAACUGCAACAAAUAUUUGCAAGAAAAAUUUCUUUUAUAAACUUUCUAUUGUAAUAAGAUAAAAAGAAGUUAUAUGUACACACCACACACACAAAAACACAUAGUAUGUUAAUGUAUAUCUGUAUAUUUAUUGUACAUUACACAAAUUUAAUAGGCCAUUGUUGAGAAUUUGAAAUGUUCUGUUUUCUUCUUUCAUGUUUUUAGCAAAGAUUUUUAAGAAAAAUAUGAAAAUUUGCUUAGACAAAUCUGUGGUAGAAAUACAUGUUAUCUUUACUGUUUUAAUUUAUAAAAGCUCUAUAAAUAUGUGUUGUUAUAUAGCGCUUUCAAAAAUUCGAGAGGUCUCGGGUAAAAAAUUUCGACCUUAAAACUAUUCGGCGAGAGUUCGCUCGGGUAACAAACUAAAAAAAAUUCCACCAUGUAAUGGUUUCUCAACCAGUAUACUCUCAGAAAUGUAAUUUAAUUAUCGUGCCAAUAAUUUAUAUGUUUUGGUAUUAUUAUGUUAUGAGACAGCAAUGCAGACGAGCAAAUCGAGUUUGUAAAAAAAAAC